CUUUUGGCAAACACUUCAGAGGACUUUUCAGGAGAACAUCACGUCUGACCGGUGUGGCAUCGGCUAUAUAACGGUCUAAAAUCUCUCUCUUUUUUUUUAAUCAUGCCGGGCUCUGGAGGUCCAGUUGCGACGUUCUCCGUCUGGGACUAUGUGGUGUUUGCUGGCUUGAUUCUUGUUGCAGCAGGCAUUGGUUUGUUUCAAUCAUUUCGUGGACGUAAGGAGGCAAGCAGUGAUGAGUUUCUACUGGGGGGCCGUCAGAUGACUGCGGUGCCUGUGGCUUUGUCUCUAACGGCUAGUUUUAUGUCUGGCAUCACCGUUAUUGGCACUCCUGCCGAGGCGUACCUGUAUGGCACACCAUUCUGGCUCUUCUUCAUCUCCUACGCCAUCAUGUCCACCAUCAGUGCUGAGAUCUUCGUGCCAUUGUUCUACCGGCUGAACAUCACCAGCACAUAUGAGUACUUGGAAAUGCGUUACAACAAGCUCAUCCGAGUGAUUGGAACCAGCAUGUAUAUUAUUCAAACCGCUUUAUACACAGGCAUGGUUAUCUUUGCACCUGCACUCGCACUUAAUCAGAUUACUGGUCUGGAUCUGUGGGGAGUGUUAGUGGCAACGGGGGCUGUCUGCAUUAUCUACUGCACCCUGGGAGGGCUGAAGGCAGUGAUCUGGACAGACGUGUUUCAGAUGAUCAUCAUGUUGGGUGGUUUUGUGGCUGUUAUCGCUCGCGGGGCGGUUCUGCAGGGAGGACCGGGGAGGGUCUGGAAUGACAGCUUCUAUGGAGGACGCCUGGAGACAUUCAGCUUUGACCCUGACCCUCUGAGGCGUCACAGUUUUUGGACAAUCGUUGUUGGUGGCAGUUUGAUGUGGGCAUCCAUGUACUCCAUCAACCAAUCACAGGUCCAGCGCUAUAUUUCCUGCCGGACAAUGACUCAUGCCAAACUAUCUCUGUAUGUGAACAUGGUGGGAUUGUGGGUGACAGUGAGUUUGGCUAUGAUGUCUGGUCUCACCAUGUACUCCAUCUAUAAAGACUGUGAUCCUUUCACUAAUAAAGACGUAGGAGCCACGGACCAGCUCCUUCCUUAUCUAGUGAUGGACAUCCUGGCAGAUUUCCCAGGACUGCCAGGUCUGUUCGUGGCUGCAGCUUACAGUGGGACAUUAAGUACGGUGUCGUCGAGUAUCAACGCUCUUGUGGCUGUGACAGUGGAAGACUUCAUGAAACCUGCAUGGCCUUCACUGACAGAACGACAGCUGUCCUGGAUCAACAUGGGCAUGAGUGUGUUCUAUGGCGCUGUUUGCAUUGGCAUGGCUGGUGUUGCCUCCAUGAUGGGAAAUAUACUGCAGGCAGCUCUGUCCAUAUUUGGUAUGAUCAGCGGGCCUCUUCUGGGUCUAUACAUGCUGGGCAUGUUCUUCCGCUGCGCAAACUCCACUGGAGGUUUAGCUGGUUUGGCUUCUGGCUUGGCAAUAACGCUGUGGGUGGGGAUUGGAGCUCAGUUAUAUCCUCCUUUACCCGAGAAGACCCUCAGGCUUCCCUUGAGUGUGGAAGGAUGUGUUGCUCUGAACACAAGCGAAACCACCACUAUGACACCAUUCAGCACAGUCCUGCAAACCACAACUCCACAGCCAAGACCAGCUUUGGCAGACAACUGGUAUUCUCUGUCAUAUCUCUAUUUCUCUCCCGUUGGCAUAAUUGUGACCAUGAUCAUCGGACUAAUAGUUAGUGCAAUCUCAGGUGGCUGUAAGCAGAAGAAGGUUCGACCUGAGCUCUUUAUCAGCAAAUCAGAUCUCAUUUGCUUCAGAUGUAAAAAAUCAGACUCAGAGGUGUCAGACCUAAUUGAGACUAAGCCAAAAGACAUUCAGGGUCUGGACAGUCCAGUUUUCUAUGACAAUGAAAUUGUACUGAAAGAGAAAGACCAGCAGGAGAAGAUCACAAAGCUUUAAAUGUAACAUAAAACCAUUUUGCAUAUGAUGUAAAUAGUAAAUUAUAACUGUUUUAUAGAUAUAUGUAUAUAUGCAUGUGGAAAUUGCUAAAUUAUGAUAAUGCAUCACAAGAGAAGAGAAGCAAUAAACGAAUAGUAAAUAUUUCUAUUUUUAGGCAAGUAUUCUAAAUGAUAUUAUAGGGGCUUGCAUAAAUGAUAAAUUCUAUGAUUUUUCUGAUCAAGUAUGAAAUAGUUUGCCCCUUAAUAUUUUGUUUUAUGCUUUGUAUUAAAUCUGUUUUGAAAUAAAAAUUGAUGAACGAC